AUGGGCGCAAGCAAGGCAUCUGGAGCCGCUGAUAUAACAGUAGCUUCGAUAAGGAGUCUAGUGUCGAAAGAUCGACUUGAGAAGUUUGAUCCCAGCAUGUUCAAGCUUGUGUUGGUUGAUGAAGCACACCACAUUGUCGCUCCUCAAUACCGCAAAGUCCUCGAAUAUUUUGGCUUGACUGAAGCCUCCGACCAAGCGCCGGCGCUCGUCGGAGUAUCUGCAACAUUCUUCAGAUUUGAUGGCCUGAAGCUAGGUUCGGCUAUCGACCAUAUUGUCUAUCAUAAAGACUACAUUGACAUGAUUGGAGACAAUUGGCUCGCUGACGCUGUUUUCACUACGGUCAAGACAAACGUUGAUCUCUCCCGCUUGGCUAAGGAUUCAUCCGGAGAUUUUGCCACAAAAGCUUUGUCUGAGGCCGUCAAUACUGCCACCGUGAACGACGUUACCGUAAGGUCCUGGAUCACCAAUGCUCAUGAUCGUCAAUCGACACUCGUUUUCUGCGUUGAUACCGAACAUGUAAGACAGCUUACUGACACGUUUCGGGAAAAUGGCAUUGAUGCUCGCUAUAUCACUGCCAGUACAGCUAGACAGACGAGAAAUGAGGUGUUGGAUGCUUUUAAGAAGGGGGAAUUUCCCGUACUGCUUAACUGUGGGCUUUUCACCGAAGGGACUGAUAUUCCGAAUGUGGAUUGCAUUGUCCUCGCGCGUCCUACCAGAUCAAAGAGUCUGUUGAUUCAAAUGAUAGGGCGAGGUCUACGAUUAUAUCCAGGGAAGAAGAACUGCCAUGUAAUUGACAUGGUUUCGAAUCUGAACACUGGCAUAAUGUCUACGCCUACCUUAUUCGGUCUUGAUCCCAACGAAGUCCUUGAUAAACAAAGCGUACAGGAUGUACAAAACAGAAAGGAGACUGGGGGUUUUGGCUCACAUAUACAUGGCGCAGGUGACAUUCCACUCAGUGGUGACGGCGUUGAUGUUAUAUUCACAACAUAUGAUAGCAUAUUCGAUCUCCUCCGUGAUGAGGUCGUAGAUCGGCAUAUUCGCUCUAUCAGCCGCUAUGCCUGGGUGCGCGUUGAUGUUGAUCGAUAUGUACUGGCCGACAAGUCAGGGUGGAUGACGAUCCGAAAAAGUGAUCGAAAAGCGGACGGCCCGUGGGUUGUCGAACAUGUUCUGAAGCUUCAGAGCGAUAUAAAAGGUGGUUCAGUACACACUAGGCCUCGAGUUGUUACUCGAGCACCGGAAUUGGAGCAGGCUGUACACGGCGCCGACACAUUCGCUCGCACGCACUUCAAAAUAGUCACAAUCAAAACAUCGGAAAAAUGGAGGCAAGCUCCAGCAACAGAGAAUCAGAUAAACUUUUUGAACAGCAGAAAGAUCCGAGAGAACACCAUUACAUCGCGAGAUCUGACCAGGGGGCAGGCAGCAGAUAUGCUAACGAAACUGCGCUUUGGAACCAAAUCAAGGUUUCAGAUUGAACAAAAAAAGAGAAAGAAAGAAGCCAAAAUUCGCAAGGAGUUUGAGAAGCAAAUGAGCCAGGGUAAUAUUAAAGUCGGGUCUCUCAGUCAACAGAACUUAUAA